GAGAUGAUCAUUCCUUCCCGAGAAAAUGUUUCAUAAUUUUCCCGGGAAAAUUCAAUCCCUUCUUCCUCUCGAGACCUCCUCCAACAUAUUAAUAUGCUUUCUUUACGAGCUCCUUUAAGGAGUCGUACCUAAUUCAUCGAUCUGAGGAAGUGAAAUUGUUGUUUUCUGAGAUUGAGGAAGCGUUUUAGCUACAAAUUUGUAUUAGUACAUUAGGGGGAGGAGAAGGAGGGUUUGGGAGCUGGUUCCUGUAAACAUUAUUAUUAAAAAUAAUCUUUUUGUUGUUGUAUACUUAAUAGUUUGUUUGUUUCUUCCUGAAAGUUGGCCAUGAGUUCUGAAGAGGAUCCUAGUUCAACAAAUUUAGUACAUUGUCCUAGUGAUAGUGGUAGUAGUGGUACAAUCAUGAAUCGCUCAUUUUCCGGAACUUUGUUUGGGCCUGCCAGGAGAAAGUUCCAUGAACUCGAGGAAGAGAAAGGCUUUCCGCUAUCUGGUCUUGAUAUCACUCAUGUUGCUAAGGUUGAGAUCUCAAAUGAGUGUGUUGCGUUGCGUGAAAUGGUCACCAAGCAGCAGCAGAGCAUUAUGGAUCUCUCUAUCGAACUCGAAGAGGAGAGGAAUGCAGCCUCGACGGCUGCCAAUGAGGCGAUGUCAAUGAUUUUGAGGUUAGAGAGGGAAAAGGCAGAGAUUGAGAUGGAGGCCCGCCAAUUCAAGCGCUUUGCAGAGGAGAAGAUGGCUCAUGAUGAUCACGAGAUUGCUGCGAUGGAGGAUUUGCUGUAUAAGAGAGACCAGACCAUUCAAUCUCUUACUUGUGAGGUUCAGGCUUAUAAAUAUAGAAUGAUGAGUUAUGGUAUUUCAGAGGAAGAGGCGGACGGAGAAAAGGAGGGUGACAAGGAAGCUGGCAUUACCCGGGCUAAUAGUGUCGAAACAAUCUCAGAUUUCCAGUGUGAAAUUCCCACCUAUGAAUACCCUCCACUCAAGUGCAAGCUGAAUGAGAAUCAGGCUUCUUUCGAGACUGAUAAUGAUAUUGUUGACGUGGAGAAGUAUGCAUUUGGCGAGACCCCAAGGUCUCGAGACCAUCUAAAGGACUUGGAGAAUCGGAUCAAUCAGCUAGAACAAACUCCAAAACAGAGUCAGCCUGAUGUGGAUUUCUUUGGUACUAAAACAGUGCUUGAAAAGGUGAUAGUUGGUCAUUCCCCUAGGAGGUCUAGACAUAUUAGGAGGUUUUCUACCGACAGCACCAAUUCUUAUUUCGCGACAGUUAAGGAGACAGCUUCUGAUGGUGCCACUGUUUCUCCAGAGCUUGGCACCGCUAAAAGAAUGGAUUGCAUUCAUUCAGAGGAAUUCUCUCAUUUGAAGAAGGUAGAGAAUGCUUCCGAAGUUGAAGAUGACAUGAGUGAUAGAGUAUACACCAUCGAUUCCGUUCAUAAUGUAUCGUAUAAUGAUGUUACGGAUCCAAAGGCUUUUAUUAGAAAUUGUGAAGACUAUACACCAGAGGAGUCAGUGAAUACAGCAGACGUCGCAGACCCUGAGAUCAAGAAGCUUUACUUGAGGCUUCAGGCACUUGAAGCGGAUAGAGAAUCCAUGAGUCAGGCACUCAUAUCUAUGCGAACAGACAAGGCACAGCUAGUAUUAUUGAAGGAGAUAGCUCAACAACUUUGUAAUGAUAUAUCCCCUGGAAGAGGAGCCGCGAAAAAGUCAUCUGGCAAAGGAGGGUCCUCAUUUAUGUCUAUAUGCAAGUGGAUUGUAUCAUUUGUUUUAUGGAGAAAGAAAGAAUUCCGAAGCAGGUAUAUGUCCGCGAUGUCACCAAAUAAUGUGGGACUGCUAUCGCUCCUGGAUAAGGGACCUCGCGUAGGGCAGUGGAGAUGUCUCACACGAACGCAAGUGUGAUAUCUGCACAUCUCACUGUCCAUGAAUACCAUCUGCUGUGAUCUGAAAACUAGUGUCCAUAUGUCAUCUUCAACUUUUGGUCAUUGGAUUUUUAAAUCCAAGUGUUAUUUACUUAUAGGUUUUGCAAUGCAAUUUUCAGAAUCCUCGGAAAAUUGGUUUCUGGUUUCUGUUGUGGAGUACUCUUUCUUACUUGUUUUCUUCUUGAGAUUGAAACGUAUUGCUAGUUUACCCCCAAAAUUAUGGAUAAGUUCUUAGUAUCUGUAGGCAUGCAAUACUAUGUGUUGAUUCUCAUAUUAUUUGCUCAAUUCAAGUAAUAUUUGGACA